UAUAAACACGUGUAACAUAAGUUAAGCCACUUUAUAUUGAACUAGAAUGUGCUACAUUUCUGAUUUGCGUUAUUGUUUUUAAAGUUGACAAAAAGAAGACAUGAAGUACGCCUUUGUUUUAUUUAUUUUGGCAACAAUCACCUUCAGUGAAGGCAGUACGACAGUUACGACAAAGCCCGGAUGUCCACCAAUUGAUCCACAAAUCAGAUGUGUUCAUUUUCAUGAACAAUGUAAAUCGGAUUCAGAAUGCAAGCCAGGACAGUUAUGUUGUGGAGACAAUUGCGGAACGAAUUGUAAAGGUAUGUAUUUGCAUCUAAGUUUAAGAAAUCAAGCAGGUUGACAAAUAGUUAUCAAAGGUACCAGGAUUAUAAUUUAGUACACACGACGCGCGUUUCGCCUACAUAAGACUCAUC